UCAUAAAGUGAAGAUCUAUCAGUUUUCAUUGCAUUUCAAAAAUGUUUCCGAAGUUCUCAAUAGUAGUCGUCCUACUUGCUAGUAUCUUGGUUGUCAGUGCACAAAGCGAAAAAUGUGGUGAAAAUGAAGAAUUUUCUAGAUGUGGAUCCGUUUGUCCGGAGACGUGCAACAGUGAAUCACAUCGUGAUUGUACAAAGCAGUGUAUCGUCGGAUGUUUUUGCAAAGAUGGGUUUGUAAAGGGAAACGAUGAAAAGUGCAUACCAAAAUCGAGUUGUUAGGUGUCUAAAUACCAACUGGUCAUCUACAUUAGCUGGACUUUUUUGUGCUUGAAUGUAAUAAUUUAUAUAUGUUAAAUAAAAAUUAAGUAUGUGCAAAAAUCUUGCCAGAAGUUAAGCCAGUGUAUAUACAGUUAAAAAAAACAUGCAUCUGCGGAAAUAUCUUUUUAAUAUCUUUU